AUGUCUGACGAUAGCAAGAUGAGCAUCAAUCUCCUCCUGCUUGGAAGAACACAAAGUGGGAAAAGUGCAGCAGGAAACACUCUUCUGGGAAGCACAGACUUUGCAAGUUUUCUUUCCCCAUGCUCCGUGACUACAACCUGCCACCUAGGUCGCAGCUGUAACAUUUCAGGUUUUGGCCGUCAGCAAGGAAGAGCACUAACUGUGCAAGUCCGUGUCCUGGACACUCCUGGAUAUCCUCACAGCAGCCUGAGCAAAGAGCAGAUCCAGAAAGACAUAAAAGAUGGUCUAGCCCAGCACUUUGGAGAGGAAGGUCUGCACUUGGCACUUUUGAUUCUGAGAGCUGAUGUUGUUUUAUGUGAAGAAGAGGAAACUUCCACCAUACAACUGAUUGAGGAACUCCUUGGGCCUAAUUGGAAGACUUACACAGUCAUUUUAUUUACUCAUGCAGACCAGAUUGAAAACUCAUCAUUUACUAUAGACAAAUAUUUGCAUAGUGCCUCAGACACACUACAUAAAGUAAUGCAAUUAGUUCAGCAAAAAUGCAUUUUUAUUGACAAUCAUGCCAGAUUUCUAAAACAUGAAAACCUAAAAGCUUUAAGAAAAAUUAUGGAGUUUCUAAAACAAAACAAUUUCCAGACCCUUCAUGUGAAAUAA